CUCCUGGGCUACAGCUGGUCGGGAACGGAAGCCGCUGCGGGACUGCGAGGAAGCUGGGAUGGCGACUCCAAGCGGGAAGGCUGCCAUCCCGAACCCCCAGGCUUCCAAGAGGGCUCUCCCGAGGGAUGCGUCCUCCGAGGUCCCGAGCAAGAGAAAGAACUCGAACCCGACGUCGACGCUGCCACGGCCUUCCGAGCCCUUCGUGGAGGGCUCAAUCGUCCGCAUCGCCAUGGAGAACUUCCUAACAUAUGAUAUCUGUGAAGUGUCUCCUGGGCCCCAUCUGAAUAUGAUUAUUGGAGCUAAUGGAACAGGGAAGUCAAGCAUAGUGUGUGCCAUUUGCCUUGGACUAGCAGGCAAACCUGCUUUUAUGGGACGUGCAGAUAAGGUUGGGUUUUUCGUGAAGAGAGGAUGUUCCAAAGGUUUGGUUGAAAUCGAACUGUUCAGAACUUCUGGAAAUCUUAUAAUCACCCGUGAGAUUGAUGUGAUAAAAAAUCAGUCCUUUUGGUUCAUCAACAAAAAGCCUGUAACCCAGAAAAUAGUGGAAGAACAAGUUGCAGCCUUAAACAUCCAAGUGGGCAAUCUGUGCCAGUUCCUGCCUCAGGACAAAGUUGGGGAAUUUGCUAAACUCAGCAAAAUUGAACUCCUUGAAGCUACUGAGAAGUCAAUUGGUCCUCCAGAGAUGCAUAGAUACCACUGUGAACUGAAAAACUUCAGAGAGAAGGAGAAGCAGCUAGAGACCUCUUGCAAGGAGAAAACUGAAUACCUAGAGAAAAUGAUUCAGAGAAAUGAAAGGUACAAGCAAGAUGUGGAACGAUUUUAUGAAAGAAAGCGACAUUUAGAUUUAAUUGAGAUGCUUGAGGCAAAAAGACCAUGGGUGGAAUAUGAGAAUGUACGUCAGGAAUAUGAAGGUGUAAAACUAGUUCGUGACCGAGUGAAAGAAGAGGUCAGAAAACUUAAAGAAGGGCAAAUUCCUAUGACACGUCGAAUUGAGGAAAUUGAAAGGCAGCGUCGUACUUUGGAAGUUCGAAUCAAAGAAAAGGCAACUGAUAUUAAGGAAGCAUCUCAGAAAUGCAAACAAAGGCAAGACUGUAUUGAGCGGAAGGAUAGACAUAUUAAGGAACUUCAGCAGGCCUUAACAGUCAAACAAAAUGAAGAGCAUGACCGGCAGAAGAGAAUAAGUAACACCCGCAAGAUGAUAGAAGAUUUGCAAAAUGAGCUCAGAACUGCAGAAAACUGUGAGAACCUUCAGCCUCAAAUUGAUGCAAUCACAAAUGAUCUGAGGCGAGUUCAAGAGGAAAAGGCAUUAUGUGAAGGCGAGAUCAUUGAUAAACAGAGAGAAAAGGACAUGCUGGAGAAGCAGAAACGGAGUGUAAGUGAUCAUAUAAUACGUUUUGACAAUCUUAUGAAUCAGAAAGAAGAUAAAUUGAGACAGAGGUACCGGGACACAUAUGAUGCGGUCUUGUGGCUGAGGAAUAACAGGGACAGGUUCAAGCAAAGAGUCUGUGAGCCCAUAAUGCUCACGAUUAAUAUGAAAGAUAAUAAAAAUGCAAAAUAUGUUGAAAAUCAUAUUUCAUCAAAUGACUUAAGAGCCUUUGUGUUUGAAAGUCAAGAAGAUAUGGAGAUUUUCCUCAGAGAGGUUCGUGACAAUAAGAAAUUAAGAGUAAAUGCUGUUAUUGCUCCCAAGAUUUCAUAUGCAGACAAAGCACCUUCAAGAUCUCUGAAUGAGUUAAAACAGUACGGAUUCUUUUCAUACUUGCGAGAGUUAUUUGACGCACCUGAUCCUGUGAUGAGUUACCUUUGCUGCCAGUAUCAUAUUCAUGAAGUUCCUGUGGGAACUGAGAGGACCCGAGAAAGAAUUGAACGGGUAAUACAAGAAACUCGAUUAAAACAAAUUUAUACAGCAGAAGAGAAGUAUGUGUUAAAAACUUCUUUCUAUUCAAAUAAAGUUAUUUCUAGUAAUACAUCGCUGAAAGUAGCCCAGUUCCUCACUGUUACUGUGGAUCUAGAGCAAAGAAGACACUUAGAAGAGCAGCUAAAGGAAAUUAAUAGAAAAUUGGAAGCAGUGGAAUCAGGAUUAGUGACCUUGCGUGAUAUGAACAGACAUCUUGAGCUCAAAGACAAUGAGCUGAGACUGAAGAAGAAGGAGUUUCUUGAAAGAAAAACCAGGAAACGACAACUGGAACAGAAAAUCAGCUCCAAGCUGGGAAGUAUAAGGCUGAUGGAACAGGAUACAUGUAACCUGGAAGAGGAAGAACGAAAAGCAAGCACCAAAAUCAAAGAAAUAAAUGUUCAGAAAGCAAAACUUGUUACUGAAUUAACGGGCCUUGUAAAGAUUUGCACUUCUUUGCAUAUACAAAAAGUUGAUUUGAUUCUUCAAAAUACUACUGUGAUUUCUGAGAAGAACAAGUUAGAAGCAGAUUACAUGGCAUCAUCUUCACAGUUGCGUGUCACAGAGCAACAGUUCGUUGAAUUGGAUGAUAAUAGACUGAGAUUGUUACAGAAGUGCAAGGAACUUAUGAAGAGAGCUAGGCAAGUAUGUAACCUGAGUGCAGACCAAGCCGUUCCCCAAGAAUUUCAGACACAAGUACCCACCAUUCCAAAUGGACACAACUCCUCACCCCCCAUGGUAGCUUUUCAAGACCUUCCAAACACAUUGGAUGAAAUUGAUGCACUAUUAACUGAGGAAAGAUCAAGAGCUUCUUGCUUCACAGGACUAAAUCCUACAGUAGUUGAGGAGUACACAAAAAGAGAAGUAGAAAUUCAGCAGUUAACUGAAGAACUGAAGGGAAAGAAAGUUGAGCUAGAUGAAUACAGGGAGAACAUUUCACAGGUGAAAGAAAGGUGGCUAAACCCUUUAAAGGAGCUAGUGGAAAAAAUCAAUGAGAAAUUUAGCCACUUUUUUAGUUCCAUGCAGUGUGCUGGUGAAGUUGAUCUUCAUACAGAAAAUGAGGAAGAUUAUGAUAAAUAUGGAAUCCGAAUUAGAGUAAAAUUUCGCAGUAGUACUCAGCUACAUGAAUUAACUCCUCAUCAUCAAAGUGGAGGUGAAAGAAGUGUUUCUACCAUGUUGUACUUGAUGGCACUUCAGGAGCUUAAUCGAUGUCCAUUCAGAGUAGUUGAUGAGAUUAAUCAGGGUAUGGACCCAAUCAAUGAGCGAAGAGUGUUUGAAAUGGUUGUGAACACUGCCUGUAAAGAGAAUACAUCCCAGUACUUCUUCAUCACACCAAAGCUUCUACAAAAUCUUCCUUAUUCUGAAAAGAUGACAGUAUUGUUUGUCUACAAUGGUCCUCAUAUGCUGGAACCAAACCGAUGGAAUUUAAAGGCUUUUCAAAGGCGACGUCGAAGAAUUACCUUCACUCAUCCUUCUCAGUGAAAGAAAAGGAAGGGGACUUCAGAGGUUUUUCAUUUUUAAACUGUUUAUACGUGUGGCUCAAGUGAAUAAAACUUAGCAGAUUUAUUGAAAGAGAAAGAUUGGUUAUUUUUGGAAAACUGCUUUUAAAAACAAAUAGGUUGAUGAAGUGGAGACCACAGUGACUCUCGAACAUUUUUAAGUCUUCAGUUUGGGUUGAACCUGGUCGUGAAUCCUCUGUGAGAACUAGAUUAUUGUGUGUAGUUGUAUGCUGCCCCCACAGGUGUGGUGGUACAUCUAACCAGCACUUAGGAAGUGGAGAUGGGAAGAACAUGAGGUUGGCAAAUCCAAAGUGCUACAGAGUGGGAUCGUAUGUCCUAACAAAAAAGUUGUUUCCUGUUGCCGAUCAGAGGUAUGAAAGCAUGGGAAUUUCAUUUACAUUCUAUCAUGCCUGAGUGUUGAUUGCAGAACUUUCUUUUAGAGCUUAAAGGCAACACAAAAUUAGAAAUCCCACUUUUCUUCCAGUACUAUAUUUAGUUUUUAAAAACCAAUAUGGGAAUGUCUAUUUAAUAUAUUAGUGGUUUAUGGCAAAUUCAUUCAUUUCUUUGUGUUAAAAAGGUGUACCUUAUUUUCACAGAAAACACAUUUAUGGGCAUUUAAAGUUUUAGGCAACAUGAUUCUAUAAUUUUCUUGGUAUUUCAAGAAUUGGGGAAAAUGCACAUGGGGCUUAAAAAUGGUAGCAGGACUUAGAGAGGUCACGAGGUAAAGAGGAUACAUUGGCAGAAUGAAAUCAGGUGACAAUAGUUCAAAGGAUACCAUUGUAAAGUUUUAUGGUGGGGUUUCUUGUUCUGUUUUGGGUUUUUUGUUUUUUGUUUUUUAAUUUAAAGUCAAAUAUAUUUUACAUUUUAAAUUUCUAAAAUGUUUUUUAUAAUUUUAGUAAGAUUUUUCUUAAGAUUUCAUAUACGAGUUUUUACACUUUGUAUUUGAAAUUUCUCAGUGCUGUGUAACGAGUGAUGGCAAAAGUAUUGAUUUGUUUAAAAUCAUAAUGUUUUUAGAAUUUGUAGGUCCUUCCUUACAGUAUUGGUCACACUCAGUAUUUUAGAAAAUUCUCAUUUAAAUUCUUUUCUUCCAGCUUGAAAACAAAACUAUUUUUUCUGAGCAUGCUAAUAACAGUGCCAAAUAAACUCUGUUCUUUUAAAAACUAAAUCCUACAAGAAAAUAGAAAUGUCUUUGGAGAAUGGACUGGAGCAUAUCUUUGCUGAUACUGACAAAAUUAUUUUCUUGGCUUGCUAGCCUGAAUAAAGUUCAGGUUUUUUAUAUUAUUGCAAUAGCCAAUGAGAUUUACAUUCUUAUUGGCUUAAAAAUAAUGGAACAUGAGUUUAUGUCAUCUCACUUAGACAUUUUCUCUUUUAAUAGUUGUAUUUGUUUUUUAAACUUGUAAGAGAGCUCUCACCUCUUAAACUAAGUCUCAUACAUGUAGUACAAAGAUAUUUUUAAUAACAUUUUUACCAGCAUGAAAAAGUCAAAAAUUUUUUGAAACUUGGAAGCAUAUUAGUGAAGGGUGUUACUACACAUUUGUGUUGUUGCUUGGGUUUCUGAUAUAAAAUCUUCACUAAUGUGUGCUUGAUAUAGUUUGGUUUUAUCAUACCAGUGUAAAAACAAAAACAAAACAUACUUAAAACUCACAGUAGCAAUUCUAUUUCAGUUUACAUAUGUCAAAAAUGAUUCCAUAUCAUGCUUAUAAGCCUUCAGUGAGCAAAAUUAAUGUUCUGUUUUAUAUUGAACUUUGGGCUGGGAAGGAUAAAUUAUGUAUCAUUUAUCACUUUAAAAAUAGUCAAACAUAGUGUGAUGUCAUGUUUUCUGCAACUGUUGAUUUUUUUUAAAUUACAUUCAGAUUGUAAAAAUUCCAAGUAAAAGUUUGAUUUGAUAAAUAAAAUAUUUAAAACCUGA